AUGGCGUCAUCUGGCCAAUGUCUCUGUGGUCAAAUCUCCGUCACUCUACCACAAGGUACCUUGAAUGACAAAACAGAAAAUGUUCUAAUGUGUCGCUGUAACAAUUGUCGUCAAGUAGCUGGCUCACUAUUCACCUACAAUAUAGUGCUACCAAAAACAGAUGUUAAAAUUCAAGGCGAACCAAAAGCGUAUGAGGAUAAGAAUACAGUUAGUGGUAACGUCUUACUCCGUCGAUUCUGUCCAAAUUGUGGUUCAAGAAUUUAUGGCACAAAUUCAAAGUAUCCCGAUAAAGUUGUCGUCAGUUUGGGUUUGUUUGAUCAAUCACCGAAACCGAGUGUACAAUUGUACUGUAAAAAUCGACCAGAGUGGGAAAAGCAAAUUGAUGGGUGUAAAGAUUUUGAAGCUAUGCCAACACAGUAA